AAAAAAUGUGAUAGUUGAGAAAAGUAUAUUAUUUUAACGAGCAGCAGAAGAUUCCGCGAAGCAACCGAAAAGGAAAAGAAUAAUCUAAUUUUGGCAAAACCCGCGUGCUUUUCAAUUCGUUGCUCGGCACACACACACACAUCGUCUUUCGAUGAUAGUUGCGAUCGUGUACGUGUGAGCGUAUUGGUUCGUCGUGUUUUUGUUUAUUAUGCCAGUGAUGCUUGUGGCCUGGCUUAUAUUGUGCUGGUGGUAAAUGCGCGGGCUGCUCUUGAAAAGGCGGCGAUACAUAAAUCUAUCCUCAAAGCGAGCGAGCCGAGCGAGCGCGCGCUUCUCAUUACUGCGCGUUUCUGCAAAGUCGAUCGGAAGCUUCAGAUAUCGCCGUGAUAUCGCAUCGGCUCAAAUUAUCUUGCAACGGAUCAUUUUUUGCUGUCGGUGUGUGAAAGUGAACAUCUUUGCGUUAACAUCGGAAAGAGCUCUUUAUGUUACUGCCACUGCCAUGCCGCUUAGAUCUCAGACUUCGUCGAGGGACACUGUCAAUACGCUUGCACAGGAAGAUCAUCAUCGCACCGGGAAAUACGUCGCCGGCGGAACAGCCCUCGCAGUCACACUGCUCGGACUGCAUCAUCUGCUGCUGCGAGGUGCAUCCCCCGUAGCGGAGGUGUGCAUUCCCGCAAUUAUAAUGGCCUCUUACGUAAUCUGGGUGUUGUAUUCCGCUCGCAGAGACAGGCGAAAGGCGCUGAGACUCGCCAUGGCGAUGCAGCUGACUGAGGUCAUCAGCGUUCCACCCAGAUCCACACCUGACGUUAUUUGCCAGGCUGCUACGAGCGACAGUUUUGGAAAAAAUCGCUCGUCAAAUCUCUACAAAUCUCAAAACAUUCGCGUAAAUCCAGCUUUUUCCGACAAAGAUGAAGCAUGAAAGAAGAUCAAUGGAGAAAUCGCGUUUUUAACCUUAUUACAAUUCUUGUUGGACAAAGACGUUAUACUUACUGUUAAUGUCGUUUACAGUUGUCUCUCAAGAAACAACGUAUCAAAACUUUUGUCUGAAUUCCGUUAGGUAGUUGUAAGCGCGUCAGACAGAGGGAACACCUUAUUCUAUAAUUCUCAUUAGGAAACAAGUUACAUCUUCUCAGUUACACGUUCUCGAGAAAACAACUUUUUCCAGAGAGUAAAAGAGAGACAAAGAAAAUUGGAUUGAUCUAUUUGAUUCUUUACAAUUCCCUGACGGGAAUUCGAAGUUAUUCCGAGACAUUGUGUGUCGAUAAAACUUCGGGAGUGAAAAAUGAGAUUGCAACUGAGAGCGGUUAAAUUGCCAUAUUAAAUUAAUUUUAGCAAUCUUUAAUCCCUGAUCACACAGUGAUCUCUUGAUACAAAAUAUGCCUCUAGAUUAUUAAUUUUUAUUUA